AUGUAUAAAACCCCCUGGGGCUGAGCUCCCGGGCCAUGCAGCUUCAAACAAACUAUCAUCCGCCAAGAUGAGUCUCAACCAAACCGACAAGGAAAGAGUCAAAGCCUUCUGGUCCAAGGUAGCGGGCAGGGCAGAUGCCAUCGGUGCAGAGUCUCUGGCCAGGUUGAUCGUGGUGUACCCACAGACUAAGACCUACUUCGCCCACUGGAAGGAUGUGAGCCCAAACUCUCCCAAUGUGAAGAAGCACGGAAAGACUGUGAUGGGUGGAGUUGCUGAUGCUGUGACCAAAAUCGACGACCUGAAGGGAGGUCUGCUGAGCCUCAGUGAGCUGCACGCCUUCACCCUGCGUGUGGACCCUGCAAACUUUAAGUUACUUACCCACUGCAUCCUUGUGGUCUUGGCUGCCCAGUUCCCCGCCGACUUCACCCCUGAAGUCCAUGUGGCCAUGGACAAGUUCCUGGCUGCCGUGGCCCGUGCCCUGGCUGAAAAAUAUCGGUAAACAGCAGAACGCUGCAGCAGAUGACGGGAAGCAGGAUUUCUUGGAUACUUUCUGUCAGUCUGAAUACAAAUAAAUGAGCAAAUGCAGAUAAAGCUCC